AAUAGGAACCCCCCAUGUUACGAGGCGCGGAGGCCGGCUCUCGCAACUCAAGAUGGCGGACGAGAGUGAGACAGCAGUGAAGCCGCCGGCACCUCCGCUGCCGCAGAUGAUGGAAGGGAACGGAAACGGCCAUGAGCACUGCAGCGAUUGCGAGAACGAGGAGGACAACAGCUACAACCGGGGUGGUUUGAGUCCAGCUAAUGACACUGGAGCCAAAAAGAAGAAAAAGAAACAAAAAAAGAAGAAAGAGAAAGGCAAUGAGACAGAUUCAGCCCAGGAUCAGCCUGUGAAGAUGAACUCUUUGCCAGCAGAGAGGAUCCAGGAAAUACAGAAGGCCAUUGAACUGUUUUCAGUGGGCCAGGGACCUGCCAAAACCAUGGAGGAGGCUAGCAAGCGAAGCUACCAGUUCUGGGACACGCAGCCUGUCCCCAAACUGGGAGAAGUGGUGAACACUCAUGGUCCCGUGGAGCCUGACAAAGACAACAUCCGCCAGGAGCCCUACACCCUGCCCCAGGGCUUCACCUGGGACGCCUUGGACCUGGGGGACCGGGGUGUGCUGAAAGAACUGUACACCCUCCUGAAUGAGAAUUAUGUGGAAGAUGAUGACAACAUGUUCCGAUUUGAUUAUUCCCCAGAAUUUCUUUUGUGGGCUCUCCGGCCACCUGGCUGGCUCCCCCAGUGGCACUGCGGGGUUCGAGUGGUCUCAAGUCGGAAACUGGUUGGGUUCAUUAGUGCCAUUCCAGCAAACAUCCACAUCUAUGACACAGAGAAGAAGAUGGUGGAGAUCAACUUCCUAUGUGUCCACAAGAAGCUGCGCUCUAAGAGGGUGGCUCCAGUCCUGAUCCGAGAGAUAACCCGGCGGGUUCACCUGGAGGGCAUUUUCCAAGCUGUGUACACUGCCGGGGUGGUAUUACCAAAGCCUGUUGGUACUUGCAGGUAUUGGCAUCGGUCCCUAAACCCACGGAAGCUGAUUGAAGUGAAGUUCUCCCACCUGAGCAGAAAUAUGACCAUGCAGCGUACCAUGAAGCUCUACCGACUGCCAGAGACUCCCAAGACAGCUGGGCUGCGACCAAUGGAAAAAAAGGACAUUCCAGUAGUGCACCAGCUUCUCACUAGGUACCUGAAGCAGUUCCACCUCACGCCAGUCAUGAGCCAGGAGGAAGUGGAGCACUGGUUCUACCCCCAGGAGAAUAUCAUCGACACUUUUGUGGUAGAGAAUGCAAAUGGUGAGGUGACAGAUUUCCUGAGCUUUUAUACGCUUCCCUCCACCAUCAUGAACCAUCCAACUCACAAGAGUCUAAAGGCUGCUUAUUCUUUCUACAACGUUCACACCCAGACCCCUCUUCUAGAUCUUAUGAGCGACGCCCUUGUUCUCGCCAAAAUGAAAGGGUUUGACGUGUUCAAUGCACUGGAUCUCAUGGAGAACAAAACCUUCCUGGAGAAGCUCAAGUUUGGCAUAGGGGACGGCAACCUGCAGUAUUAUCUUUAUAAUUGGAAGUGCCCCAGCAUGGGGGCAGAGAAGGUUGGGCUGGUGUUACAGUAACCAGUUGCCGGUGAGAUUCUGGACAAAGCCACUGAGAAUUCAAACCAGGAAAUGGAACCCCACCACUUGUUGGUCCAAUUUUCACAAACGUGAGAGUCCCUGGCAAAGGGAACAGAACUGAACAGGCUUUACCAAACCGCCAAUGAACUUGACAAUUGUGUUGCAAUGGCGUAGGCUGCGUGAUGUCACCUCUGGCCGUGUCUCUGGUCUCCCUGUUUUCCAAUUUAUCACAUUUGUAUGCAGCCGUGAUCAAGGGAAUGUAACUGCUGAAAGCUAGCUCGUGAUUGGCAUAUUAUGGAGUUAACGGGUGAAUAAUAAAAGUAUAUAUAUAUUAUAUAUAUAUAAA